AUGGAAGACGUUACAAGCAACGAAGAAACAAGUAUCGGUAGAAUUUCAAACAAUGAAGAAACAAGUAUAAAUAGAAUUUCAAGUGACCCUGUUUUACUUAGCGAUACAGAAUCUACACAAUCUGAACUAAAUAGCUCCAUAAAGUUAUCGCAUAAGGGGGACGACCCCAAGAAGAUAUUUGGAAUGAGAAGAGCUCAGAACAUGAAGUCCCAUCUAGCAUUGAAAUGUAAAGGAAAAGUACCCAAAGAAGUUCAACUUAAAAUACUCCGGGACAUUCAAAGUAAGGAUGAGCAUGUUUUAGAAAAUGAGGCUCAAGUCUUUGAUCGCUCAAUUGCAGUAAAAAAUUUAAUUAUUAAUCGUCAAUUUUGGAUUGAUGCAGAGCAAUUGCGGAAUAUCCUUGGCCCGGUAAAACAGGCCGUAAAAGAUGUGGAGUUUCGAACAACUUUGUUAGCAGAUGUAUUCGUUGAACUUGUAAAAAUGGCGAUUACGAUUCAAGAAACCUCUGUGUUGUACAAUAACCAGUUUCGGCGUGAUUGCAUUUCUAUUUACAAUAAGCAUUGGAAUGAAUUUGAUACAGAUUUAUAUCUCUUGUCUUUUUUUUUGCACCCAGCUUAUCGCGGUAAUUUUCUUGAACCCGGAAUAUAUAAAAAACAUGUUCAAAAAAAAGCAUUAGAAAUAUGGAAGCAACUAGGUGGUGGUGAUAUAAGCGCAGAUUUUCUAAAAGCCCAAAUGAAUUUAUACAAAAACAAAAAACAUCCCUUCGAUGAUGAAUUCGUCGCAUCAGUUGAUACAGUUACUAAUUGGUGGAUGUCCAUAGAUCUUAAGAAUAAUGAAGAACAUAUCAAGCGCCUUGCUAUGAAGCUACAUUCUAUCUCCCCUCAUAAUGCUGCGUGUGAACGUCUCUUUAGUAUAUUAGGAUGGUAUUUCGGAAAAAGGCGAACUAGGCGAGUUCAUUUUUCUCUAUGUUGUAUAGAAUUUAAAUUGAGCCUUGACCGUCUUGAGAUUAUGGCCCAGAUGCAUUCAUAUCUAGUUGAAAAUGUUGGGUCGGAACUUAAUUAUAUAGAACAAGAUUUUCGUCAAGAAGAUUUUCUAGCGAUUUUUAACAAAAUUGCAAGCUCUAUGGAAGAUGGAUCUGAUCUGUUUAGUGAGGAAGAAUCGUUUUCUUAUCAUGAAGAACUUUCAGAACAAAUGGAAGAGGACGUGGAAGAGCUUUCAGAAUUGGAUGACUUAGUGGGAGAGAAUUCGACAAAAUUAGAAGUCGAAAAUAUUAUAAAUUUAUCAUCUAAAUUAGAGAUUAAUGAGUCAAGUGCGAUUGAAGAAAUUGUACAUGGAAAUAAAGACUUCGAUGUAAAUGAUUUACUUAGUGAUGAUUCUGAUUAA